UCUCAAGUUUGGAGCUUGGAUUGAGUUUCCAUGUCGACGAGGAAGCCAGAUAUUCCAUUCAAAUCCUCCACCAAAACGGCAAAGCUUUCACCCACAUCCCAAUUCCAUAAACAAAAAAACAAACAAACAAACAAAUAAGGAUUUGCUUGUGUUCUGCUGCUCUGUCUUCUUGCUCUGUUUUCUUUUUUUUAUUAUUGUUCGAGAAGAAGCGUGGCUGGCAUGCGUUUGUUCAUAGCUUCAGCACACACAAAGCUAUUUCCGGCUUAAGGCACAAAACCCUCAAGGGGCUUCUCUGUCAAUUCAAUCUUUUUUGCUUCUCUCAAAUUCUGUUUUUCAUUAAUCCUUUUCAAGAAAGUUCCAGUCUUUCGAUUCAGAAAACAGAGACAUGCAAUUCACCGGUAGUCCUCCUUCUCUGGAAUCCGACCCUGGCGGCGGCGGCGGCAGAGGAGACUGUUACGGCCGUCUCCCUGAUUCCGAAUCAUAUUACCGGAAUUCACUCAAACAUGGAGGCCCAUCCCGCAGUCAUCGGAGAACCUCCGUCAACGGAUAUGCUCUCGCCGGCGCGAUUCUCGCCUCCACGAAUUCAAUCCUCCUGGGCUACGAUAUUGGCGUGAUGAGCGGGGCUGUCCUUUUCAUCAAAGAGAAUCUGAAAAUCUCGUCAGUCCAAGUGGAGAUUCUCGUCGGCGUGCUGAACAUUUGCUCGCUGUUCGGCUCGCUGGCCUCCGGCAAGACUUCGGAUUACAUCGGAAGGCGGAAGACCAUCGUCUUAGCAGCGACCACUUUCCUAAUCGGCGCGGUUCUGAUGGGCUUCGCCCCUUCCUACCCUUUCCUCCUCGCCGGCAGAGUCGUCGCCGGAAUUGGAGUCGGAUACUCCCUAAUGAUCGCUCCAGUCUACACCGCCGAGCUUUCCCCGGCCAUGAAUCGCGGAUUCCUCACCUCCCUCCCUGAGGUUUUCAUCGUAAUCGGGAUUCUCGUAGGCUACAUCGUCAACUACGCUCUCUCAGGACUUCCGUCGAACAUAAACUGGAGAAUCAUGCUGGGCCUGGCCGCGGUCCCCUCUUUAGUCAUCGGUUUCGGCGUCAUGGCCAUGCCGGAAUCCCCUCGCUGGCUCGUGAUGCAAGGGAAACCGGACGAGGCGAAAAGGGUUCUCGUCCGAAUCUCGAAUUCCCCCCAAGAGGCCGAGCUCCGGCUCCAGGAGAUAACCGAUUCAGCGUCAAGGGAAUUUCAAUUCCUCCACAGCGGCAUUUCAUCGAACACCUGGCGUGGGCAGGGAGUCUGGAAGGAGCUGCUCUUCAAACCUUCCAAACCCGUCCGCCGGAUGCUCGUCGCCGCCGUCGGGAUCAACUUCUUCAUGCAGGCGUCGGGGAACGACGCCGUGAUCUACUACACACCGGAGGUCUUCCGCGCCGCCGGGAUCCACAACAAGCGGCAGCUCUUCGGCGUGAACGUCAUAAUGGGACUCUCCAAAGCUGCCUUCGUGAUGGUGUCCGCGUUCUACCUGGACCGAUUCGGCAGGCGGCCGCUUCUCUUACUGGGCUCGACCGGCAUGGCCCUGUCGUUAUUCAUACUGGGCCUGGGCUCGAAAAUCCUUCAGCACUCCGACUCCAAGCCGUUAUGGGCCGUCACGAUGUGCAUAGUGGCCGUGUGCGGGUUCGUCUCGUUCUUCUCAAUCGGGCUCGGGCCCAUCACAUGGGUCUACUCCUCCGAGAUUUUCCCCUUGAGGUUGCGAGCCCAGGGAUCGGGGCUCGCGAUCUCGGUGAACCGGUUGGUUAGUGGGGUCGUUUCGAUGACAUUUCUGACCGUUUCGAUGAAGAUAAGUUUCGGAGGGAUGUUCUUCGUGCUAGGUGGGAUAAUGGUGGUCGGGACGGUUUUCUUCUACGUGGUGAUGCCGGAGACCAAAGGGAAGAGCUUGGAGGAGAUCCAAUUCCUAUUUCAGGACAAGGAGGGUGGUGACGUGGAGACGAAGGAAGUGAGAAGGGUAGAUUUGGAAUUGACCUAGAAUGGUCAUUUUGGUGUCUAAAAGUUCCCACCUUUUGUAACAACUAGAUGGGUAUUAUAAUGGGUAGUUGAAGUUUGGUUAGGUUUGUGACUAAUGAAGAAGUGGGUAUUUUGUGGGACUAGCUAGGGUUAGAGUGACUUGAUGGGCUAGGUUUGACGGUUUGUUGUGCAUGGAUUGUGAUAUGUAGUUGUAAUUGGUUGAUAUGUAAAUGACUAUAGAUGUUGUUGAAUUUGUUUAUUGUACAACAAAGUUUGG